AUGAACCCUAUGACAUAUCAUCCUUAUAUGAAUAGUAAUACUGCAUAUAUAAAAAGAACAGAAGUACCAUUUUUUUCAGAUAGAUUAAACAAAAGAAUAGAAAAUCAAUCAUAUUUUUCAAGAUUAAUAGAUUAUUUGUUAUCAAAAGAUGAAAAAAAUUUAGAAUUUGCAUUAAACUCAUUAUUAACAAAGUCAUAUCAAGAGAAACUAUUGUUUUCAUUUAGCAUUGAAAAAGAUUUUAGCGAAUCAGUUUAUCCAACACCAACCAUUUUAGACUCACUAUUAAAUACAAUCAUAUACUUUAAAAAGAUAAAUAAUAACGAAAAUGAAAAUAACAAUGAAGAAAAAUAUAAACUAAUAUUUAAUAAAGAUAUGUCAAAAAUAUCAAAGGUUAUAUCAAUUAUUAGAAACUCAACCCUUUUAAAACCAAAUGAUCAAUAUUUAGCAAAUAAUCCUACUGUUGUUUUAUUAUUGUUAGAGAUUGGCACUGCAUAUUUAUCAUUAAGAAAGAGUAUUUCAGUAAAACAAAAUUCGUUUGACUCUGAAUUUAAUCCAUUCAAAACAACCAAAAGCAAUUGUGUACCAUCAACUAUCAAUACCUUAAACCCAAGCACCUCAAGAUAUAUUAUUGAAAUUUUCUCAAAAAUAGUACAACACCUUUCAUUACAACCAUCCGCUUUAGCGUAUUCACUUCAAUCAUCAUUACAAAACUCCUCCACCACAACACCUAUAGUCUCCAGUCCAUCAACAUUCCCAGAAAAUAGCAACACUGGUUCAACAACUUUAUUAGAACUAAAUAAUGAAGGUAUUUUUAUAAAAAAUCAACUUAAAGAAUUAUCAUUUGGCGAAUUAUCAUUCAGUUUAUUAAAGAGUCUCCCAGCAUCAUUUUUAACCAAAAAACUAUUUUCCCUCUUAGAGAUGUCAAUAUAUUGUUUCGAUGACGAUGAUGAACUUUUAGCAUGUAUAGAAACUAUCGAAUAUCUUUGUAAAGCAAAAAGAAAUCGUUUACCUCUCGACGAAAAUCUUUUAAAACCAAUUUAUGAUCAAUUUAUAAUUCCAGUUCAACCAACACCCUUCACCACAACCCCCACAAAUAAUGAAAACUUAGACUCUAUAGCAUCACCCAAUGAACCAACAACCCCACAAAUCCCACAACAAAUCGAAUUAAUCAUUAAAGAUCCAAAAGAAAUAUUUAAUAAAAAACCAAAUCUUAUCAGUAGACUUGUUGAACUAUUAGGUCAUACCAAUCAAUCAAUUCAAUUAAUUUGCCUUCAAAUUUUAUUAUCAUUAGCAAAGGCUUCUCAAAAACUAAAAAUCACAAUUUGUCACUAUCCAGGCUUAGUUAGACAUCUAAUUAAUUUAUUAACACAUAAACCAGCAGGAGAAAAUGCUGAAGUUUCAAAAAGAGCAGCAACAUUAUUAUCACGUCUUUCAAAAGAAUCCUACAAUAUAUCAAUACUUUUACCAUAUGAAACCAUACUUGCUCAAGUUGCACUCACUGACAAUCCACAUAGUGAUGUAAUUACUGAUAUUCUUGUUAGAUUAGAAAUUAAUAGCGAAAAAUAAAAUAAAUAAAAUAAAAAAAAUAAAACCUUUUGCAAU